AUCAUCUCAAAGCACAAAGCUUUCUCUUGAGCCAAGUAAACAUUUUCUCUCAUUUUCCUUUCAAUUCCUAAGAAACACUCACUCUCAACCCUUCACACAGCUCAAAAUAUGGCUCCUAACAUUACCAGUGCCAAAACCACAGUCAUUAGUCUUGCUAAGGCAGCAAGCCUUCCAAGGAGGGCUUAUGUCACCUUCUUGGCUGGAAAUGGUGAUUAUGUUAAGGGCGUGGUGGGUUUGGCCAAGGGCUUGAGGAAGGUCAAGAGCAAGUACUCACUUGUGGUGGCCAUCUUGCCGGACGUUCCUGAGGAUCACCGGAAGAUUCUGGUGGAGCAAGGGUGCAUUGUCAAGGAAAUUGAACCAGUGUACCCGCCCGAGAACCAGACCCAGUUUGCCAUGGCCUAUUAUGUCAUCAAUUACUCCAAGCUUCGUAUAUGGAAUUUUGUGGAGUACAGUAAGAUGGUAUACUUGGAUGGUGAUAUUCAGGUGUUUGAGAACAUCGAUCACCUGUUUGACAUGCCGAACGGAAAGUUCUACGCCGUGAUGGACUGUUUCUGUGAGAAGACAUGGAGCCACACUCCUCAGUACAAGAUCGGAUACUGCCAGCAGUGUCCGGACAAGGUCCAGUGGCCGGCGAAGUUGGGUCCCAAGCCUCCUCUCUACUUCAACGCCGGCAUGUUCGUUUUCGAGCCUAGCCUCUCCGUCUAUGAUGAACUCUUGAGGAAGCUCAAGAUCACCCCUCCCACACCUUUCGCCGAGCAGGACUUCUUGAAUAUGUUCUUCAGGGAAAUUUACAAGCCAAUUCCACCAAUUUACAACCUGUUCUCUUCAUCUGCAUCAUCAGGUUUCGCAUGCAAGGACUUUUUUGUGCUUUUGGAACCUGAAGGCAGAGCCAUGCUUCUAGUUAUUCUCCUCGAAUCUGUUACAUAUUCCAAGUUCUCUUGACCUGCAUCAUCAGGUUUUGCCUUUGAGGACUUCUUUGCUCUUUUGGAACCUGACAGCGGAGUCAUGCUUCUAGUUAUUCUCCUGAAAUCUGUUACAUCUCCCAAGUUCUCUUCAUCUGAAUCAUCAGGUUUUGCCUUUGAGGACAUCUUCACUCUUUUGGAAACUGAAGCCAGAGAUUUCAUUCUUCGAGUCUUUUCCUUUGAAACUGUUACAUCUUCCAAGUUUUCUUCACCUACAUCAUCAGGUUUUACAUUUAACUUCUUUGCACUUUUGGAACCUUGGGGCAUAGAUUUCAUGCUUUUAGUUGUUUUCCUUGAACCCCUAACAUCUUCCAAAUUUUCUUCCCCUGCAUCAUCACGUUUUGCAGUCAAGGACUUCUUUGCACUUUUGGAACCUGCAUACAGGGAUUUUAUGCUUCUAGUCCUUCUUCUUGAACCUGUUACAUCUUCCAAAUUUUCUUCACCUGCAUCAUCAUGUUUUGCAGUCAAGGACUUCUUUGCACUUUUGGAACCUGAAGACAGGGAUUUUAUGCUUCUAGUCCU